AUGUCAAAAAGGAAACCCUCUGAAAGUCCAUCGGAAUCAGCAAGAUCAAAGAAGGUCAGACAAAUCGAUGUUGUUGUGGACGACAUCUUUAAUUCUCCUGCUUCGAAUGAAAGGCUUCCUGGAAAGCGAUUAACCAGAGGAUCUACCGCACGAAUUGAGGAGGUAAGAUGUCUUAACUUAAUCUUGAUUUAUCUUUAGGUAAUAUUUUCCUCUGUUGAUGUGUUUAACUGUUGUUCUGCGAAUUCGCUACUUUUAGAAACUGAUCCUUGAAUUCUUCGAUUACAUAAUCUUCGAUCUGAUAGCUGGGGUUAACGUGUUUAUUAAGCAGUUGUUGCAAAAUAACAAAUGCUGAAAAUGAAAUGAACAAUAUAUAAAGUAAUAGAAAUUUAAGCUAAGAGACUGAAGUUAAAGAAGGAGUACCAGCUCUUUUGCCGGGGACUGGUUUAAACCUGUAGGAGUUGUCUGUUGAAAAAAUGUGAUCACCAGGGCUUUUACUUUAUAGAACUUUCAACAGCCAAAGUUUCCUUCUAAGUCAUGAAUGGAGAUAACGUCUGGCAAGGUUGUUAGGUUGUCUGUUAAUAGGAGUACGUUGUUUUUACACCAUUGUUUCUGUAGGCUGCUGGGUUUACUGCUAUUUUCACAAACCUGCAAACUCUAAAGUUCAAAAGCCGCCUUCACAGUUGUGUUUUCGCUGCCGUCAAUCAUAAUUACGAUCCCAAGCAACGAACCUUGAAACACAGAAACACACAAAAUGUAUCGAAAUCCACCAAUCACAAAUCACAAACCUUGACCUUUUGAACCCGUUAAAGUAAAGUUUUGUUUCCUAAGAGGUCCGCUAAGAUGAUUGACGGCAGCGAAAAAUGCAAUCGUCAGUUGGCUUUUGAACUUCAGAAUUCGCAUGUUUGUGAAAAGUGCAGUAAAGGCCCAGCUUAGUGCUAAGUUGUGUCCUAGCUGCUAUGUAGACUGCAACCAUUUUUGGUGUCUCAUAUUGACAGGUUGGGGGAAGACAGGGAAUGGAAUCCUGGGAGAAAUAGGGGACAGGAGGGGUAUGGGAGAUGGGAGAGGAAAGAGCCAGAGGUGGGAGUACUAAAAGGAUUGGAAGUGGGAGAAUUUUGCGACAAUGCCUAAUUUUUUGCAAUGAAAACAAGGAGCAGGGAGGAAGCCAAAAACAAAAUAAAAAAUCAGCGGGAACUGGGGAUGCAAGGCAUAGGAGGUAGGGAGGUUUGGACCCCCUGUUACCCCCCCCCCACCACCACCCACCUUUCCCACACUAACAGACCAGCCCUUAACUGCAUAACAUAAUAAUAGUUAUAGUUCUCUUCAAGAGUAUUCAACCAGUCAAUACUGACCGUAUUGGCAUGGUACCAGAAAGUAACUUAAAGUGAUGUGUAAGGCUGAUCAGCAAGCUAAAAAUAAGGAAUUUAAAUCAUGAUCUACACGAAGAUCAGAUUUGCUCCUUUUUGUCGAAGUGGUCCUCCAAUGGUUUAGGCAGUUCCCAAGAUCAAUAGGUAUUUGUAGCAUAAUCCAUCCACAACCUCAUUUGUAUUAAUGCAAGCUAAUAAUACUAGUCCUCUUUGAUGAAGGUUAUAAAAGAGCCCAGGGACAUGUAGUAUACAAACAUGAACCUAUGGUGAAUUUGUUUCUCUGUCUCUCUUGUUCAACUCCAUUAGGGAUCAGUGCAUAACUUCUUUAAUGAUAGCAUUUUCAGAUAUUGGAACCAGCUGCCACUACGCGUGCGAAAUUAAACAAGUAUCAAUGCCUUUAAGGCUGGUCUUGACCUUGUUAAGUUAUCUAAACCUGAUUUGCCUAAUGGAUUCUGGAAAUUAUCGUAAGAAAUCUUCAAUAGAAUAAGCGAUAAAAGUGAACAUGCCAAUUAUUUACUAGCCAAUUGCGAUGUUGCCAUGCGGCAAAAUAUCUUGUUAUAAUAUUUAAUUUUGUCUUCCUCUGCUUUUAGUAUUUUUGUGACUUUUGUAUUCUUAUAAUGAUACGUUUUAGAUUUUUAUCACAUGUUGAUAAUAAUUUUAUAAAUAGAUUUUUGUAAAUAGAGAUAUCCUGAAGUGACAUAAUAAAGUUAUCUUAUCUUAUCUUAUCUACUCUUUGAUCACAUUUGUUGAUAUACCUGGGCCCAGUUGUUUGAAGGCCGAUAAAGGCUAACCCAGGGUUAAAUUUUAGUCUGGGCUUCUUUAUCCUUUUUUCAAAAGGAUUUUCUCAGAUAUUUUUCUCUAUUCUUUUUAGUUCAUCCAAUUACCAAACUGUGUACAAAAAGAAUUAAACUGAAUUCUCUUUUAAGGUUUCUUGUCUGAAUUCAAAUUUCACACUAACCCUGGGUUACGGUAACCUAGCUUUGAACAACCCGGCCCUGUAGUCAUCUGGUUCGCCUCAUGCCAGUUGGAAUUCUAAACGUAAUGUUAUGUUUAUUUGAUAUUUUUGUUUCAAUUGUUUACGUUACUUUCUUCCACUAGCCUUCACAUUAUAAAUAUACUGCCAAGAGUAAAUAAAGAUUGUUUAUUAUUUUAUUUAAUACAUUAUUUUUCAAUCUCGAAUAAACCAACCUAUUAUAAUAUAACACCCCCUUGAAUGUUAAGUUCUUCUUAAAAGUUUCUUUGUAAAGCAGAGGGCCUGUUGUAGCUCAUCCCGAAGUGUGAGUAAUAUAGUGUAGUCACUUGUGUUAAUUUGAUGUAUUGAUGGUUUCCAAUAGGAGUCCUUAAUUGAGAACAGAAAUCCCAACAAACUGGAUGAAUCUGCAGUCAAUGAGGUAAUGAAAUAGCCAGUAUCGAAAAAUUGACCAACAGGAUGAAUUUACAAAUCUUAUGAUUUCCCCGCAAUAUUUUAUCAUAAAAUGGUUAGGUGUCACUUCAUCAAUUUAUAAUUGUUUAUUUUUGUAAUAAACAAUUAUAGAUUUAUAAAAAAUAAAAUCACUGUUUAAACUAUUUUCUCAAUUUACAUGUAGUUCCUGUAGAUUGCAAUACUGUUAUUUUUAUACACAUGUAGCUCAAGGUCAUCACGAUUCUUAAAACCGGAAAAGAUAAUUUUCAAUAUUAUUUUUAUAGUUAGUAUUUACCAUUCAAGAGAAGACGUCAUUUUAUCAAACUCUUGCAAACUCUUGCAAACAGGUUGAAACUCACUUUGGAAAGAAGUUUUCUCCAGGAUAUGAACAAAUAAACAAAAGGCAAAAAUUGGACACUAAAAUGGAAAACGAAAAUUUGCAUUUCAGGGUAGGCUCAAUUACCAGCCACUGUUUGGGAAAUGAGCCUGAACAUAUCGUCCCCCUGAACAGACAGCUGGACGUAUGGGCUUGCUAUUGUCAAUUACCACCAUUCAGAUCGUUUCAUGCUAAAAAAAAUAAAUGAAAUAAAAUAUAUGAAAUAACUCCAAGGAAAAGGUUGUUAUGGGAGAGCGAGAAACAAACUUCAAAAGCUUGAAUUUUUCUCGAUGAAAUUUUAUGCAUGACGAUUUUACCUGUGUUUUCUCUAUUCCCAUGAAAUUUGAAAUUUAUCUUCUUGGGUUCCCAUAAGAAAUUGUCUUUGGUGUAAUUACAGAUAACUAAUAACAUCUAUAGCCCUUGAAAAGUGUAAAUAAGAAUGCAAUAUGGCUGAAAAUAUUCUGAUACAAGGGUUUUGUCAACUGAGAAUUAAAAUUACUCAAUUUCCUGAUGGAUUCCGUCUACAACUUUUUAAAUGAAAACAAAUGUCAUGACACUUGAUUCUUACAUGUAUAGGAAAGUGAUGAUGAUGGCUUGUCAGAUUAUGAAAAAAUGCGGCUGGAGAAUAUCAGAAGAAAUCAAGCUUUCUUUGAUGGACUAAACUUAACUCAGGUACAAACAAAUACUUUAAAUACCAAUUACGAGAAGACCUGGUAAACUUGCUGGAAUGUUUUUUGAUUCCAGGGAAUUGACGGUUAACUGAGCAGUAGAGAUUCUCUCUGUGCAAGAGCUAUGCUGCACAUGUGUGCUUAAUUAAUGCUAUGUUUUCAGAUACAAUGUAGGUUCUCGACUUUAUUUUGUUUCAUUUUUUGCCUUUUCUAACCCAACCUUAUUUACUGUCAUCUGAAGUGAACUUUCAUUUUUAUAUACAUGUGGGCCCUCUUAGUGAGUUUCGUUGCUUUUAGGGCAAUUUUUGCCAAUGAGAACAAUGUUUAUAGAUUAUAAGUCAGUGUGUGACAGAGACAAUUGGGUGCAUGGCACAAACAAGACCUUGCCAUGCACCUAACAAUGUGUGAAUGAUAAAAAAAGACCAAAGAGUCAGGAAACACUGGCUGCUCUUCCUAUGUGCUUGGUCUGUUUCCUAGCAUUCUGUUUUAUUGAGUAUGUAUACUCAUGACUUACGGUAAUUUCACCAUUUAUAUGGCUUUCUUUGCAGGCAAAGUUUGAUUUUAAUACAUCCAUGACUCCACAGUCCACUUCAAAGGUCAAGCAAAGAGGACUUGCUAGGUGACUCUAUUCAAAAUUUUCAUUGUGAGAGACAUUCUUAACUUAUGUCAAGAGUGGUUGGGCUUACAUGUAACAUGCAAUUUCACGAGUUUGUCUUUGCAAUAAUAUUUUAAUUUCUAAUACAUUUUACAGGAAUGCUUUCAGAAGUAGCCCUUCAUCUAAAAUCUGUUUUUUAUUGAAUCAGACCUUGAGUGUAAAAGUUUGACUGCAGUUUCCUAAACUGUCAAAUAUCAAUAAGUGGUUUGAUAUAUGGCUGUCCAUUUUGAUUUUAUAGCAAUGUGGAGCAGCCUGAAGGAUAAUGGUCAUUCUUCAUAUAUAUAUAUAUAUAUAUAUUUUUUUUUUUUUCCUCUUUUGUCUUUUGUCGUUUCUUUCAUUUGCUUAAUUGGGGAAGGUCAGGGUAACAAUUGCCUGCGUGCAGACGUCUCCUAUUUCCUUUGUUGCACGCGGAAAAGGGACGUCUGCGUAACGCCGUCGCUAAUCGUGUUCCAGCGUCCUGCUGGGUUCCCAAGAUCUUGGGAACAUGCUGUGAUAGGCUGACACACAGUGCGCAUUGUUUGACUUAACGCUGAUUGGUUGUUAUCGAAUGUGGUCUGAUAAUGUAUGCGGUGAUUCAAAUGAUUUAUGUAAGCGGGGUUUUCUAACCAAAACAAAUCAAAACAUGUGCGAUUGUGUGCUGUGUUUUUGGUCGAUCGAAAAGCAGAGCGAUCGAAAUCUUGUGCGGGGCCGCGGAAAAUUUAACGUGUACGAGGAAAUUAUUUCUUUACAAUUUACUGUGCAUGACACAUCACAUCAUAUUUGUAAACAGUGUCUGAGAAAACUACAAAAGCGGCGUGGACUUCGCACCAGGCAGGCAUUUCGGAGAAAGCCAGCCAAAGAAACUAAAAUCUUUACUUAGCUGUAACAAACAGAGGUCAAGAAAAUUUAAACACUUUACAACUGCAUCUGAAAUCAAAUCGGGAACAGCCACAGAAGAAUAAACCACAGGAAAUGAUUACUCAGUAUGCAUGUAACAAACCUGCUUCAUGACCUCUAAAUGGAAGACCUAGCACGGCAAAAAUGAGAUUUACUCAGUCAAAGGUUAGAAUGCUACAUUCACUGUGUAGUGCUAGUAAUCUUCGCGCGAGAGAGAAAAGAAGAAAAACCUCUGUUCAAGCAGACUCUCGAGGUCACGUUUCGCCCGUCUCACGAGCUUAUGAUGUUUUGUUUGGCCUGUCAACUCUUAUUUCUAACCGGAUAUUAUUUCACAAUUUAUGCGAAAUAGAAUACCCUGCCAGCGGGACGCUGGAACACGAUUAGCGACGGCGUUACGCAGACGUCCCUUUUCCACGUGCAACAAAGGAAAUAGGAGACGUCUGCACGCAGGCAAGGGUAAUAACAUCCCUGAUGUAUAACUUAAUUUACUUUUCUUGCAUUUUACAUCACAGCAAUGAUGUUAAGAACAAAAAUACAGUCGACUUCCUCUUAACGGACACCUUGAACAGUGAUCCUGUCUUUCUUUUCUCCUGUUAUUUGACUCUCCAUAAGAUGGGCAUGCCAUCUCUCAAAGAUGGAUACUUAGUGCCAUUCCAAAGGUCUAGGUCUUAAAGAGAGUUGACUGUACUAGAUAAGAAAUGCGUUAUACAAAAUGUAUGUUCGAGUGAAUUGAGGCACUGCGAAAAUAUGGUACACUUUAUUUAUCGUGCAAACCUCUCUGCCAUGUUGAUUGCAGACCUAAAAAAAAUCCUAGAGAAGCACCCAUGCUACCCACACGACAGUCACUUCGCCUCAGAAAUAAGGACCCUGAUGGUGUGACUCUUCCUGAUUUACCAAUCAAACAAGAACCUGUUGAUGAACAUGUGAGUACAAAAAAAAAUUAUGGAGUAAUCAGUGAGUGAAAAUCACUGUUUUUAAGGCAAACCACUUUGGUUUACUAUAACCAGAUAGAUAAAUGGAGUGCUGUACUUGAUACCACUAGCACUAGCUAAUGUUAGGUAGCAUCACUAUUAGGUACUACUGGUAGUAGGAAGAAAAUAUUAUCGAUGCAGUGCAAGUUUACAAAAAGUGUUUCACACUUGUCUGUAGUUUUUUAAACUCUGUUACUUACAGCCCUUUUUUGCCAGCUUCUGCAGUCUUCCAUGUAUGCUGAAAGUGUUCUAGAAAGUAUGAGGAGUGGCAAUUGUUGAUCCUCUUCUGUCAUUGUCCUCAUCUCCUUCUAGUUUGUUGCUGUUUUCCAACUGUAAGUCCUCAGCUGGUAGCUUGCCGGCAGCCAACCAAACAAACAAAGAGAGAUGUAUAUUGUACCCACAGUAUCACAAUAAUAAUUUUCAAUAAUAAUAAUACCUUUUGCAACCAUAGUUGCUGAUCAUUUGGCUUUUCUUGUUUAGAGAACUUUUCAAUACUUUCCCCGCCAUAUAAGGGCUGUUGGAUUAAAGAAUAUUAAGUCAGUUGUACCAUCAAAAAAAUUCACUGAACGUGUAAGUAAACUACCGGUAAUUGAUAAAAGCUGUAAUGAUCAAGACUUAAAUUUGCUUCCACACACUUACACUGCAUUUCACCUUGCCUUGUAUCUUGCGAGAUGUACUGCACCCGCUGUAUGUUUAAAUGUUGUCAACUGCAAUGAAAUUUUUUUCAAGAGUUUAAACUAUAGUGUACUUUUUGUUUUCUUGAAAGCCAAAGCAUUACUAGUUGGGAUGCCUCCACUUUUUGUCAUAAAAUGAGAAUAUCUUCACAUGAACCUGUGUUUGUUUUUAUGAUGAAAGGCUGUAGUUAGAUUUAGGCUGGAGUAUAUUUGACUGUGUUCUUUCCAUGAGAUGCUGACUUCAAACUUAAUGUUGUCCUCUGGGCUUACAAACUUCUCUCACCUUCUCAGGGCUGUUGCUAAAAUUUCAAGGUGCUGGGUAUAUGGAAUUAGUAGGAGGGGAAUAUUGUAGAACUAGGAAGUUCUUUUGAUUCGAUUUUUUAUUUGUUUUCUAUGGAAGUAACCAGGGCUCACACUACCCCCAGCGCUUAGUGACAGCGUGCAUUCUGAGGGAAAAAGUUUGUUUCCCUUUCCACAAACGUUGGAGUCAUUGUUGAAAAUGUUGUAUCAGUUGUCAACAGAAAGUGAAAACUAAAAACUCAAGGAAAACAAAACAGCAUAGAAGAACGAUAUUUUUUCAAAACACCUUGAAACUGGUAUCUCUAGCAGUCUUACAGUUUCAAAACUAAUCUCUGCAGAAGAUGAAUCUGUUGUAUUUUUAAACCCUCUGCAUUUUGAUCAGUGUAACUGUUUGCCUUUGAACACUAUCGUUUUUAUUAUAUUUCAUCUACCAUCCCUAUCUAAAUAAGUCAAAUAAAGUAGACGAGCAACUGUGUCAUUAAGCUGAACAAUUCCCUAUCAUCUCUUUUACUCUUCCAGCCACGAAAGGUUGGCCUCUUGGAAAUGAAGCCUUGCAAUGAUGUUGAAGAAACAGAGGCACAGGAGUUUACUGAUGAAUUAACAGUCCUUGCCAAUAUGGUAGUAGGUUCACUUGUACACUAUAUUGUUAUGGCCACUACUCUUUGUUAUUAAUUUUUUUGUGUCAAGAACUCUAUCUGUUAUUUUUCAUCACGACGCUUUAAAAGACAUAAAAAUAGACACCUUUUUGCUAUGUAAGCUCAUCAAACUAACAAGUGAAACUAAUAACUUAGUAUCCUUCUUCCUUUUGGCCCUGCCUUAAAAUAUUUAUUUUGCUUUCUCUAAGAAGUCAAAAUGUGAACGCUGCAUGGCUAAGACCAAAAGGCAUAACUUAAUUACCCAUAUUCCCUUUAAAGAUUUUUUUUUUUUUUUUUCAUUAAGAAGUGAAAAAUUGAUCUCACCCUGCUUCCUAUCUCUCUGAACUACGGUCAUGUAUAAUUGCAAAACCCAUUCAGCUUUCUACGUUUUUGUUUAAGCAUGUGUAAUUUGAGAAAUCAUGAAAGUACUGUGUAAAUCCAUGUUGACUAUGAUUGUAUUCUGUUGAUAAAGAAGUUGCAGAAGUCGGAAGAAAAAAAUGAUGAAGUUAAAGAAACAGAUGUAGAAAGGUACGUGUUUUAUUCUUGAGAUAACAAACACGAUUUUACAAAUCUUGUAUGUUGUCUCAGCAAUAAGACAAUUGAUCUUAUGAAAUGCAGCACAUCAAAUAGGAAAACAUGCAGCUUUUUAAUUCAGUAUCUUGACAAAGGCCGUCAUAUAAAGUGUUUUACUGACAAUUUUUGGUUAUUUGACCGGGUCUUGCUUCCAUCAAAGUUGAUUUGGCUAAAAAGAACAUAGAGGAUACCACAUUUCAACGUAUAAAUUUGCUGUAAAGUUACCUCUUGUGAGUUAACAUGACCUUGCUAUAAAGUUCCUGGUUUUCGAGUCAUGGUUUCUUUGCAAUCAUUGCCUAUGAGUUUUCCUUGCAAUUCUUUAUUUUGCAGUUACAAAAAGACUUUGCAACGCUUAAAAAUCAGAGAAGGACAUGUAGCCAAGGUUGUUCCAGAUAGGAUCUUCUCAAUAGCGUUUCAUCCUGCAAGAUGUAAGACCCUGGUGUUCGCUGGAGACAAGUGGGGCAAAAUAGGCAUUUGGGAUGUGGUAAGGAAGAAAAGUAGUUUCGAUUUGCAUUUUUGGUCUUAUUAAAGAGGACAUUAGCGACCUUUAGAUUUAAGUUCGGCUAGCGCGUCUUGGGGCUCUCGAGGCCCGUAUCUCCAAAGUUACAGUACCUUUUGGGUCCAGAACUGGUCAAAUAUUCUAUUUAAAAUGCGAGAGCUAGCCAACAAACCAGUCCAUUUUGUUUUGUUAACGUAUAGGUUUUUCGUAUUAUCUUCAAAACUCUUGUAGUUGGCCCAGGACUAUCAUUUUUUCCCCUCACUGUUAGAUGAUAGAGCAGGCCUUUAUAAUAAAAGGUCUAAGAAAAGUGACUAUAUUAAGCUCGUACUAUAUUAAAACUCAUACUUGAGGUCACUUCGCUGUUAGUGGCGGGGCAUAAAUCGUUGGAAGAACAUUUUGGCAUUCAUUUCAAAAGUACUCAUCUCUACGUUGAUGGACUGCCUUACAAAAAAUUUUGCGCGGACAUUGGGGACCUUGUUCCUAAAUAUUAGUUAUCGAGAGUGUUAGAUCUUAUGUUUAGUUGGAGUGUAGCUGGAAUUUCAGCGAAAACCUAUGACUGUAUGAAUCCUUUAUGUUGUCUUAAAUCUUAAACGGAGACCGUUAGUAAAGUUUACUGCUACAGUGUAUAUUUCACGUUGUCGAUUUCAACGUCUUUUUGUUUCACAAUUGAGGCCUCCUCAAAUCUGCCAUUACUGUUCUUUUCAAAGUUAGGAGAUUAGAUUCCAAGAUUAUCCUCUCCAUACUUAGGACUCCGUACUAAGACUACGCGAAAAAAAUAAGCCACUUCCAGAGAACGUACCCUAAAAUAGUCUUUAAAUGUUUGUUUGAAAAUUCUUAUGAAAACCUGACAAAGUCACCAGAGCCACACCUUGGUGUGACAUGCAUGAGUCACUUGUAACCCAACAUUGCUAUCUCAUUAUUUUCUAUGAUUAAAUUCUUACCUUUUGCUUUGAUUUUGUAGGGUUCAUCGAAAGGCGAUGACGGUGUUUAUCUUUAUGAACCGCAUUCUCGACCCAUCAACUGUAUGUUGUUUGAUCCAAGCAACUGCGGAAAACUUUACACUGCCAGUUAUGAUGGAACGAUCAGGUGUUGUGACGUCACAUCUGCUGCGUUUCAAGAGGUAAGUUUAUCAAAAGUCCAGCAAGGUUUCUCUUUCCUUUGCUUAAAAAUGUUUUUGAUGUUAUUUUUGUUAUCACCAUGACAAGUCUUGCAGUAUCGACAAAAAGCCCGCUUUUGUUGUAGGACAAAAUAUUUCUACAGCAAUGUUCACACGGCAUCAGACGCCGAAUUUUCGACCGGUUGAGAAUUCGUGUGCUUCAGUGUUCGGUUCAGACGGAACCACUUAAACCGAACCAAAAUUUAGACGCCCAGCCCGUCAAAGUUCCGUGUGAACAGGACGAAAAUUUUAAACGGUUCUGUGUGAACAAAGUGUCUAGUAAAAAUUUUCAGCCGAUCGAAAAUUCGUCCGGUGCAGUGUAAAUGUAGCCUAAAUUUCGUGUCAUCGCUCAACACAGUCUUCCGAGGACGCACGCUUUUGAUCUACUAGGUGUCUGCUUUUUGUUACGUCUUUAGCACGUACCUUGGAACUCCAAGUACUCUUUCAUACGUCGUUUUACAGUCAUUCUAAUCUGGCUCAAAUUUAGCUGUAGAAGUCUUUUUUUAAUUCAGUCGAACUUUCUAAAAACUGACAACCUGUCUAGCCAGCUUUUGCAAUAUAUUUGUAAUUUUUGAGUUAAACUGAGUUCGGAGUGGUAUAUUUAGUAGCGGAACUUUUAAAACCAAACCGUACAACUGCGGUUUAUCGCGAUACAACUUGUCCUUCUAGACUCUAUUGGCAAACAUUUGAAACGGGCUUUUUUACAUCUCUUAACUCUACUCUCGCAUUCUUCGCGCUCCUGCAAACAAAAGUAUGAAAUGUCACAAAUGUGUUUAUAAAUUUUAGGUUUAUUCCUUCGAAGAAGAUGACUACACCAGAUUCAUGUCCUUCGCCUUUGGAUCCCCGAGCACAAAUACCAUGUUAGCAGCUACUGACUCUGGCUACGUAUUGGUUGUUGACACAAGAACUAAACGGUAUAUAUAUUUUUUUUUUAUGCGUGUGCUUAUUGGGGGACAGGAAAUCACUUGCGAGCGGGUCAAUACGCCAGUUUUUACAAUAAAUAAGCGAUUCCUCGCGCGCUGGUUGGUUGAGAACUAUGUUCGAUGAAAGUACAGUGCAUGGAAAUGACAUGAUGGUGGUGCAAUAGACCAGUUUCGAAUGAAAAAUUACUGAAUACAAACAUUAACGACACAUUCAUACAGGGUUAGCCUCGGCUUAAAGUAACAUAUUCAGAAAUUCCGGCAAGUAAGUGUUUGAAAUUUGAAUACAGCUAUUUCGAGAAAGGUUGUCGGAAAAAAUGUGCACGCGACAAACCCGAAAGAUAAUAUGGGAUAUGCGCAAUACACUGUUCCUGACACUGUAGCCGUCGAACCUACUUUUGUUGCUUUCCUUUAGCUCUCAAAGACACAUGUCCAUGGCCUCUCCUGCCAUUCUUUCAAAUUUCUUUGAAAAACAGUGAACUCAAAACAACCCACAAGACCUUUCGGGGUUGUCGCGUGCACUUUAUCCGACAACAUUUCUCAAAAUAGCUGUAUACAGCUAUUUCAAGUAAGGUUGUCGGAAAAAAUGUACACGCGACAAUCCCGAAAGGUAAUAUGGGAGAUUUUCAAUACACUGUUCUUGACACUGUUCCAGUCAAACCUAAUUUUGUUGCUUUCCUUUAGCACUGGCAGACAUAUGUCCAUGACCUCUCCUGCCAUUCUUUCAAAUUUCUUUGAAAAACAGUGUACUCAAAACCAACAAUACCUUUCGGGGUUGUCGCGUGCACUUUAUCCGACAACCUUUCUCGAAAUAACUGUAUACAAUAGACAGAGCAAUAAACAGGUCUUUUUCUCGUUAGAAUUUGUGAACAUAUUUACUUAAGAUGGAAGCUAAGCCUGUAAAAAAUGUGUCUUCACUUCCUUAAUUCAGCGGUCAUAGCGAACUCGAAACUGGACUAUUUGUUGUUCUCUUUCUCGCGAGCGCGAUUUUCAGAGAAACUUCAACAGAAAGGCACGUCAAAACUUUCAACGUUAUCAUAGAAAACAAAUCGACAAAAGUUUCCCUUGGUUUGUUCUCUUAUCGACCAAAACUUUGCAGUGAAACCACUCGCCCGGGGCCGUUCAGUUCAACUUGAGUUUUGAACAUUUUGACGUCAUUUCUACGGUCGGUAAGAGUACAGACCAUGGGAAAUUGUAGCCCAUUUAAUUUUGUUAAUUCGAUACAUUAAAAUUCGUACUUGGCUUUAGGGCUUAGUGGAAUUAAACACAAGAAAUCAUAUUGAGGCUCAGCUAUAAUUAAUACAGUUCUCUUGUCUUAAUCCCCAAAGCCUCGUAGCCAAGAAUGAAUUUUAAUGUAUCGAAAUUGGUCUAUUCACCACUAUUGACCAUCACCCUUCCAAACCUUUUAUUUCAUCCCUAUUUUUUUCAGGGAUAGGGGCAUUGUUAUGUCACCAUCCCUAUUGUUUUCCCAGCCAAUCACAAACCUUGUUAGGAAUCGGUGUGGGUCGACCCAUUCGCCACUUAAGAAACGAGGAGACUGGGCCGAGUUAACUUUCGCAAAGACUUCUGGGACUGUUACUGGGGAAAGGGAAAAAAUUGGCCAAUAGCUGACCUGCGCGUCCCCAGUAACGAUCCCAGAAUUCUUUGCGAAAGCUAACUCGGCUCAGUUUCCUUCCCGUUUCUAAAAUAUCGAUUGGUUGAGAAAAUGACGUGAGAUUUCCUAGCCAAUCACAAAGUGUGGCAUUGCCAACAACAAUUUGUCGUGUGUAGAUCUUUAGGGGGGUGGUCUAAUGGCGCGUCAAACGCCUUGUAGUAAUUUCAGUUUUGUUACUUUCGCGUCACUAACAGUUAUUUUUGUUAAAUUACUUUCAGAAAGGUCAAAUUAGCAGAGCAAAGUUAUUGUCUUCAUGAUAAAAUUAUCAAAUGCAUUGAUACACAUCCAUUAAACAAUAAUCUCUUCUUGACUUCGUCAACUGACGGGUAAGUGUCUCAUAUUUUGUCACUCUACAGCACAGAUAUUCCAUUUUACGAAUAUUUCACUUGAUCUUAACAGUUAUACCACCUUAAUGUACACACCUCUAGCCUCAAGAUCAAUUGGUCUGAACGAUGUCAAACUUCGUACAAUCAAUGCCAACAUAUUACGGUCGCUUCUAACAAUUACCUCUGUCCUUUUGGUUUCCUUAUAAAUUGGUUUGGAUAUACCAUCAGGGCUCAAAAUAAAGGCUGGUCAACGGAAUAUGUCCGGACACACUUUCGGUUUGCCGGUCAAUUUGACCGGGCACGUAAAUAAGCAACCACAAAAAAAUACAUUUUCACACCAUUGUGUUUUAAGAGGACAAGUAUCUUUUUCACUCUAUGUUUUUGGUUGUUAGGCAAGUAUGUUCAAGUUAUUAUCGGACUAUUUUUAAUAUUUUGACCGGUAAGAGGAAAGACGUCACACGAGCCACAGUCUCAAAUUUAUUUUGGGCCCUGAUCAUUUUGUGGCAAGUAUUCUUUUGAUAGCUCUUUUGAUUAAUUCAUUCAGGCCUACUUGUCGUGUUAUACAGCAAAUAGUAUGGGUCGAUAUGGAGGUCUGUCGUCCUCCAUGUCAGAACACGCAUAUUUCUUUCAUUACGCCAUCUGAUAAACCAUAGACACACCUUCGGUUUUGAGUAAUGUUCCUUCCAUAUCUUGCACCCUAACUUCCUUCUGUUUUUGUUCUUAAGGUCUGUGGCUUUUUGGGACAUUCGAAAUGUAAAAGGCGCGAAAUCAAAGCUGAGUUCCUUACACCGAACUCGUGUUGUUACGUCCGCAUAUUUUUCGCCAUUGACUGGCAGCCAGGUGCUAGUGACGUCAUCAGAUGAUUAUGUGACGUAAGUAAGGGCUGUUAUGGCUGGGGAGAGCGGGUGUGUCCAGGGGAGGUCCUGGUUUAAUAAUCACCCAAUGUUUAUAGUUUUUAAAUAUCUAGGGUCACGUUCUUUUGAUUCCGGCAUACAUUGUGCUGUAUUGCAAACCUGCCUUAAGGUAAAAAAGCUGUUAAGUCCUUUUGAGGAACGGGAUGUUAAUAUAAAUUCCCAAUGGAAAAAACGUCAAAUCACAGUGACAAACGAAUGCUCUUGACCAGCCUCCAUUUGGGGGAUAUCGUCAGUAGUCACACGUGAGCAGAAUGCUCGUAGGUUCGCAACCGAUUGUAACCAGUCCCGCAAAUUAAUUUAAACUAGAACAUACUGAAGAGUGAAAAGAUGAUUCUCGUAAAGAAACGAUUUAUUUAAAAUUUAUUUAUUUAUUAGAAGAGAAAGAAAGAAUAAGCGUCAGGGUUUCCGUCUUAAAUUAAGGACCUUCAUACCUUUUUUUAUUUUAGUUUUUUUUUUGCAAAUCUCAAUUUCAAAUUAAAAAGAUUACGUUGUAAAGACUCGUUGAAGAGCGCCUUCUGUGCACAUGUAUUUAAAGGAAAAAAAAGAAAAAGAACGAAAGAAAUAUAGUAACCUAAAUUAUUUAAUAUCUUCGUAGAAGUGGCGUCUCCUUUCACGUGCGGCUGUCGCUUAGCUUGACUCCUCACUCUCAGCUCCCCUGGCCUACGCGUCAUCCCUACUAUCUAAGAGCCUGGAACAGGCUACAGCUCCCCCAAAUGGAGAGCUUGUUAACCCCCCCUCCCCCAUGGCUAGUGUUAGGUGUUAGAAGUCAAACACUUAGGCCCGGUUCAGACGCCGCUCCACUCAUGUGCCGAACCUAACUGAGGUAUUAAGUACGGCAAAAGAGCGGCGUCUGAAUCAAUUUGGUACGGCAGUUUUAGUUUGGUGCGGCAAAAGCGUUAAGUUCGACAGAGUCUGUCGAACUUUUGUCGAACUUAACUUAGGUUCGACACGCGGUACGCCGUCUGAAUCAGAUGUCGCGCCAGUGUCGCUCCAAAGUCGAACUUAUUCAGGUAGGUUCGGCACAUGAAAAGUACGGCGUCUGAACCAGGCCUUAGUUACACAUCGACCUCAACUUAAAGUUUGAUCAGGACGGGGGGAACCUUAGUAAGGCGGUGUUUAUGAAUAUGUAUUGCUGGCUACAUCCAAAAUCCAAACAAAGACUUACGUGAAAAAAAGGAAAGUGUCCAAAACCUUUUGGACAUCAUUAUAGUUGUCUCGUGUUGUUGAAAAUACGCUAACGUACCAAAAAGCAGCUCUCUAUUUAAGAAAAACGGACCUGAAGAAACAGUGUUACUUAUUUUGUGAAACAGUUGAAUAAAGGUCAGGGAACAGUACCCACCCUGAACUCAGUUCUAAGAAUUGCCGGAUAUUUUACAAUUAUCAGAAUCUACUUAACGUCAAAACAUGUCAAGGAAGCCUUUAUGAUUGGUUUAGAAUAUGAUAUCUCAGGUCUAUCAUGCGCAAAACUAGUAAGCCUAACCCACAAAAGACUCCAAUGUAUUCAACACAGUUUUCGCCGUUCCGUCACGUUUACCACUUUCGCGACCGCCAGCACAGUCAACAUGGAUAUUCAAACCUUGUUGAACAACCUUCAUGAAGAGUUAUCAUGUUCUGUAUGUAUGUGCAAAUACACCGAUCCAAAACAGUUGCCGUGCUUGCAUAGUUUUUGCCUUCAUUGUCUGAAUGGGAUUCAACGAACGAGUGGCAGACGAGAUAAAAUCGCGUGCCCGGAGUGUAGAAAGGAAUUCAAUGUCCCCGAUAAUGGAAACCUAGCAGCUUUGCCAACAAACUUUCGUAUAAACAGCUUGCUCGAUGUAUUAGCUAUAAAGGAGUGCAACACAACCGGAGUUAAGUGUGGCAAUUGCGACGAAAGAACUAAACAGAGUCAUUAUUGUUUCCAAUGUUACGCUUUCUGGUGCGAAGAGUGCAUUGGUCUCCACAAUAGGAUGAAAGCCAAUAAAGAUCACUAUGCCCUGGCAUUAGAAGACUUUCAAGAUCAAGACUUUGAGAACAUUUUAAAGAGGCCAGAAUAUUGUGCAAUGCCGGGCCACGAAAAGAAAAAAAUCAAGUUAUUUUGCCAGAUUUGUAAAGUCGCAAUUUGUAACGCUUGUGCGUUCACCGAUCAUGAUGGGCAUGGAAAGAUUCUUCUGGAACAAGCUGCAAAUGAGCGGAAGUUAAGAGUUGAAUCUGCAAUUGAAACUCAGAGAAAAAGAGCUCAGUCAAAGAGAAGCAAAAUCACCAAACUUGACGAAAGCCUUAUUGAAGUUCAAGAACAAGCCGCUCGUGUGAAGAGAAAUGUACAAGAGUAUGCUGACAGCAUUCAUGCAGCCAUUGAAGCAAAGAAACUGGAGAUGUUUGAUGAUGUGGAACGAAGGACAAAAGCAUCUCUUCAAAAAAUUGAAAACCAAAAGGAGGGGAUUGUAGAACAAGCCACGCGAUAUGAAUCAGAAAUAGAACAUGGUGAAACGCUUUUAAAGCGAAGCACAAGCGCUCAACUCAUGCAGCCGAACAAGCUGAUGGACAAAAUAUUACAAGAAGAAAAUUACCAAGAAGACAGUGAUCGUGAUGACGAUGUUUUCCAAGAAUUUUAUUUCGUAAAGAAUCAUAAGUUAUUUGAUCUCGUAAGGACUGAACAAAUUGGUUCCCUGGAAGAAAGUCAUACCAGGGCGCAACAAUCGAGUGCUGAUGGAAAAGGAAUCAGUGAGGCAAUUGUUGGACUUGAAGCACAGCUUGUUGUGACAACAAGAAACAAGAAAUGUCAUCAGUGUUAUAAUAAUGACUGUGUCACACUGGAAAUCAGUAAUCGUCAAGGCGAUAGCGGCGCAGCCGAAGUGCAAGUCCAAGAUAACAAAGAUGGUACUUACAAGAUCAAAUACUUUGCCAAAGAAACAGGAACAUGCAGUGCAUCAGUGAAGGUUAAUGGAGAACAUAUCCGUGGCAGCCCUUUUAAGGUUCAAGCCAAACCCAGACAGUGCAGACCUGUGUUAUCUUUUGGAGAACAAAUAUUGAAGCAUCCCUGGGGAGUACCAGUUAAUGGACAAGAUGAAAUUGCAGUGAGUGACAGUGGUAACCAUAAGAUUCAUUUAUUUAAGAGCAAUGGAACUCAUAUUGGAUCUUUUGGUGGAAAGGGUGCUCAACACGGUGAGUUUGACUUCCCCUCUGGUACAGCGUAUCAUGGCGACAAUAUUAUUGUAGCUGAACAGAGUAACCACAGAGUUCAAGUGCUAAGUAGACAGGGGGGAUAUCUUUGCCACUUUGGGGGAGAAGGAAGUCUUGAUCACCAACUUUACUUUCCUUCUGGUUUACAUAUUAACAGUGAUGGCAAUAUCAUUGUAGCUGAUAGGAGAAACAAAUUAAUGAAGAUCUUUUCUGCUGAUGGGCAGUUUUUAAAUAAACUUGGCACAGAGGGCUGUUUCACUGAACCCUAUCACUGUAUCCAACAUAACAACUAUUUUAUAGUAUCAGACAAAGGUGAUCAUUCUGUAAAAUGCUUUGAUAGAAAGGGUAACUUCCUUUACAAAUUUGGGAAUAAGGGAAAUGCAGAUGGGGAGUUCAACACACCUCACUGCUUGUCCAUGGACAAGGCAGGACACCUGAUGGUUUGUGAUAGUGAAAAUCACAGGAUUCAGGUGUUUGAGCUGAGUGGGAAGUUUCUCGCUAAGUUUGGAACAGAAGGAAGCGGGAUGGGAGAGUUUAAUUUACCGCUGUCAGCAGCAGUUCUCAGUGAUGGUAAAAUAGUUGUGUCUGACCUCAGAAACGGUCGUAUUCAGAUUUUUGAAUGAUGGUUCAGCAUCACAAAGAAUGCAAUAUUUGGUUCUUUGUUUCUUUUACAUCUUUUCACAUAAAUGGUACUGUUUUUUUUUUUUUUUUUUUUUUUUUUUUUUUUUUUUUUUUGCCUUACAGACAUAUAUUAAAUGUUUACAGUACUAAACACUACUGAAACUAAAUACUACUAACAAUAUUCACUAUACUUGCACUAUUUACAAUAUUGGCUAUACUGACAAUACCAUCCAUACGAUGCUCGUACUACUAAUAAUUACAAUGGUUACACUACUUACAAUUCUAGUACAUCACACACACACCCACAUAAACACAAAAAAAAAAAAAAAAAAAAAAAUAGUUAGUAGGUCAGAGGAGUUAUUUUUCAUGUCUAUUUUAUAGCUUUUCAAUUCUGUAUUUAAUUAUCAUUUUACCAACGAAGUCUUGGAGGAGAAUUGGUUUGUUGUGUAGUUUGUUGGCGUAGAUGUAGUAUCUCAUAAACAACAUGGUAUAAUUGAAUUUCCUUACUAGUACCUUUUCAUGUAAGUCCGAGAGGAUGCCGAACAGUCUUUCUUCGCUAGAUGGGUUGAAAUUGAUCUUGUUUUCUAUAUUGAACCAGUUGAUAACCCGUUGAAUGAAAAUCUUGACGAAAUGACAAUCUCUAAAAGUAUGAUUAAUAGAGUCUUUUUCACCACAAUAUAUACAUUCAUCAUCUUCCUUGAUUCCAUAGCGGUGAGCGGUAAAGUUCCUUUUUGGUGACUACAAUUCGGUGGAUUAAUUUAUAUUGAAAUUCCUUUAAUUUGGUCUCUCUACAGACGGUUUUUAGGGAGGUGAAUAUUUUUUCCCAUUUAUCUUCAUCCAAGGAAAGAUCUUUGCUCCAUCUCUGUGGCCCAGAAUGACCUGUUGUGUGGAUUUUUGUGCAUAAUAACGUAUAGAAGUCGCUAGUCUUGAUUUUGUUCAGAUAUAGAGUUAUCGAUUCAUUUAAUUGUAGACUAAGAUUAUUAUCAGAAUAUAACUCUUUAUUAAUUGGCUUCGUUGAUUUUGCUUUGGCUAAUAGGUGCUUUGGGAUAGCGCUAAUAACUUGAUAGUAUUGAAGGAAGUUAGUUUUACAGGAAUACUUAUUCGUAAAUUCCUGGUAGGUCAUUGGUUGACCGGUAUUGUGUAAGAGAUCUUGUAUUGACAGGAUACCUUUUUUAAACCAUUCCCUGAUAAAAAAGGUUUUACUGUCAACAAGUAUUUCUUUGUUGUUGAAUAGAAUUAUAUUUUGUGCUUGAUCAAAGCUGUACAGAGUUUUUAAUUCACUGAAGUAUACUAGAAUAUUUCGGUAAAACAAUGGAAUAGAUUUUAUGUAUUUCGCAUCGUAGUUACAUCUCAGUAAAAAGUUCAAACCUCCGAAUUUUCUUAGGUAAUAAUCAGGAACUGUUUUCCAAUUCUGGUUCCCUGGAGUCAGUAAUCUUGGAAUCCAGGCUAGUUUUAGAGCUUUAAACAUUAUGUCGAUGUCUACCAUACGUAUUCCGCCUCUUCCCAGAUCCUGAUAGAGCCCAGUUCGUUUAAUUUUAUCCCUUUUGUUUUUCCAUAAGAAACUAAAAAGCUUUGUUUUCACUGUGCUUGCGAUAUCUUCAGGAACAUUAAGAAUUGAAGCUGAAUAAAUUAAUUGUGACAAUCCUAGGGACUUAAUUAUCAGUACCUUCCCAAAUAGUGUGAGGUCUCUAGAUCUCCACAUAUCCAGCUUUGUUUGAAGUUUUCGUAUUUUCAGAUUAAAGUUCAAUUCGUUGUUACCCUUCUCAUCAUAAGAGACAUGAAUUCCUAAGAGGCGAACCGGACUAUGUAACCAUUUUAGUUGUAAAGGAUAACUUUUGUUUUUUUCCCAUUUUCCCAACCAAAUUGCUUUCGAUUUCUUUAUGUUUAACUUGAGACCCGCUAGCCUCCCAAAAUCUCCCACCGUUUUCAAAGCAUUUUCGACGGAGAUCAAAUCUGCACAGAAAAGGUUUGUGUCGUCUGCGAAUUGGCUCAAUUUGAUUUCGUGCCCGAAUAUUUUGAUUCCUGUUAUACUUGGUUCUUGUCUGAUUUUGCUGGAUAAUAUCUCCGUGGAAAGCACAAAUAAGUACGGAGAAAGGGGACACCCCUGUCGCACUCCUCUUGACGGUCUAAACCAGUUGGUCAUGAAACCAUUGUUUAUCGCCGCGCUCUCAAUUUUUGUAUAGAAUGUACUGAUCCAUCUUUUUAUACUUGUUCCGAAAUUGAAUAUAUCCAGUGCUUUCAUCAUGAACGACCAUUCUAGAGAAUCAAAAGCUUUCCGAAAAUCUAGAGAUACUAGAAUGCCAGGUAUGCUUUCUGACUUCGUAUGUUCCAUUAUGUCGAUUAUUAGCCUAAUAUUUUCCCCGAUAUAUCUUCCUUUGAUAAAACCGGUUUGAUCAGUGUGCACUAGAUUUGGUAAUAAUGGUUCUAUUCUCCUUGCUAUUGCCUUAGUUGCUAUCUUGCAAUCAACAUUUAGCAGUGUUACCGCUCUCCAGUUUGAAAGUUCUAGUAGCGAGCCAUCUCCUGUGGGAAUUAAAGUAAUAACGCCUCUUCGUUGUGAAAUGGUGAGUUCAUUUGCAUCAUAGGCCGCAUUGAAACUAGCAACAAGAUCGUGUCCUAGCAGAUCGAAAAAAAACAUAUAAAAUUCAACCGUGAAACCAUCUUCUCCUGGAGCUUUGUUGUUUUGAAAAGUGUCUAAAGCUUUUUUGCAUUCUUCAUAAGAUAAUGGACCUUCUAUUCUAUCUCUGUCUGCAUCUGAUAGUUUUGGAAUUUUUAAAUGUUCGGUGAAUUCAUCAACAUUAUUUUCCUGUGAAUUAUUUGCUGAUGCGUACAAUUCGCUAUAAUAGUUUUCGAUAGCUUCUAAUAUCUGAGACUCGUUGUUUGUUACUGUUUCACUUUCUGUUCGCAGUUCAGUGAUGGUUUUCCUGUUGUAGUUUCUUUUCUCCAGAUUGAAAAAGUACUUUGUUGGACGUUCGCCCUUUUCGACCCAGCGACAUUUCGAUCUAAAAAUAGCUGCCCUCCCUUUCUCCUCGUAAAUAGAUUGGAGUUCCAUUUUGAGAUCUUCAUAUUCAUUUAGGAUGUGCGCGAUAUUGGGAGAGUUAAAGUUGUCGCAAAUAUUGCGGUCCAGAAUUUCGAGCUGUCUCCUAAUUUCCAAUUCUCUAUUAGUGGUCGCUUUAGCUUUCUUUUUUACUAUAAGCAAUGGUUGCCGCUCUGGUUUCCAUUUUAACAUUUCCCAAAGAAGGCGUGCGUCUGCCAAAUUGGCGUAAAAAGCGCGUGUGCGGGAGUACGUUUCACGGAUUUUGGACACAUAAUGUUCAUCUUUCAGUAACGUGUUGUUGAAUUUCCAAAGUCCGGGUCCUCUAGACUUUUCAGUUGUCCAAGACAAAGAAAUGUAAAUUGCUCGGUGAUCCGGUGCUAUAGAAGGAUAAAUUUCGCUUUUCUUCACAUGUUGUGUCAGAUUUUUGGCAACUAGGAAAAAGUCUAUUCUGGAUUUCAGUUUUAACACUUUUGAUUCAUAAGAGUAUUUACGUAGCCUCGGGUGACGUAAUCUUUGAAUAUCUACGAGAUCGAAAGCGUCCAUAGUUGUCAAAAUCAGGUUUCGAUAAUUUGUUGGUUUCAAAUUGUGCCACCAAUUUUAUCUAUCUUUGAUAGUGUGCAAUUCCAGUCGCCUCCUACAAUAAGCGUGGAAAUUUCUGACUUGUCGAUAAGGCAAUUGUUUAAGUUUUGUAAGAAAUCUAAUUGUUCACUUUGGCUAUUCGGGGCAUAAAUAUUCACCAGUGAUAAUUUUAGAGAAUUCAGAACACAAGUAAUUAGCACGAUUCUUCCAGCCUUGUCACUGAAUGAGUAAUCGAUCUUAUUUUGUACCGUAGGGUGUAAAAGAAUGCAAACACCUUUACUAUGCCUGGAUCCGUGAGAGAAAAAUAUUUCACCUCCCCAUUCGUUUUUCCAAAUAAUUUCAUCUUCUGGUUGAGAGUAAGUUUCUUGCAAGAAAUAAAUUUUUGAGUUAUGGUCUUUGAGAUAUAGAAAAAUGCUCCUCCGUUUGGCUUGAUCUCUUAUUCCCCUUACGUUUAGAGAAAGUAUAUCGUAUUUUGCUUUCUCUUGCAUUACAAUAAAAAACAAAAAAAAACAAGAAGAAUAUAUAUGCAAAUUUAAAAAAAAAAAAAAAAAAAAUACAGAAGCAAACAAAACUAAAAUUAUACAAAACGUAAAUUAAAGUAGUUUUUGAGCGUUUCCCUUCUUCUUCUCCGAACUUUGCGUUUUUUGUUCCUGUCCCAAAUGUAAGUUACAGUUUUUAUCUUCCUUGGCCAGACGAUUGGACAUUUAAAGAUAAUCUAAGUCUUCCAGCUCGUUAAUUCUGACCGGCUUACCCUGCGGAGAGGUCUUGACAUAUAUUGAUCCAUCCAUUGACCAGACACUCAACAAUUCAUCAUUUCUCCGCAUCUCGUUUGCCCGAUUCAUUAUUUUUUUCCUGUACGAGGUAAGAUUCUCGUUUAAAAAAAUUCUGUCGGCUUGCACUAGAGUUGACGACGAGCACUGCGGGAAGAUGUUAGAAACUCUGACAUUUUUUAGCUUAGCCCUAGCCCUGUAUAGAUUUGUUUUGACCUUGUGGCUUAUAAAUUUUACAAUAAUUGGUUUGUUACCCUUCCUGUUCAGCUUGUGACAUAUUUCGAUAUCCUUUGGUUCCACCGAUACAUCUAGGGCCUCCGCUAAUUUUAACACCACGUCUUCCGUCUCGGUGUAGGCGCUUUCUGGUACACCAUGUAUUUCUAUUGAGUUUUUCCUCGUGUAUUGUUCUAGUUUGUCUUGAAGAUCGUACAAUUCACCAAUUUCUUCUUCCUGCUCUUGAAUUUUCUUUCUUGCUGCCACCAGCCCGCGUUCUACCUCGUUGUACUGCUUCGUUAUGUUCUAGAGAUGAUUUCAACGCAGUUAUAUCGUCUGUUUGAUGUUGAAUUGUGCGCUUGAGAUCGGUCAUUUCGCUUCUGAUUGUUUUGUUUUCGCGUAGGAUAGUUGCAGUAUUUAUUUGAAUGUCUACCAACAUCUCCCUUAGUUCUGCAUUACUGGGCUCACCUUCGGCGUUUAUUGCUUCAUUUGUCGCUUCCACUAACUCCGCGGCCUCUUCCUCUUGACAUUCCGCCAUGUUGGCUCUUUUAAGUGUCGAUGGUUCUUCUUCUUCCACUGAUCCUCGAGCUCCUCGUUUGUGUUUUCCUCCUAAUUUCUGCAUUUAAUACUUCAGCAAGUGUUUAAACGUUGAAUUAUUAUGUCAAGGCGGUAUAAAGUUCUCUUAAAAUUGGCGUAAAGGGACAGAAACUACGCUCCUCACAAAACGUGCCACCGCACACCGACCCCACGCAUGCUCUCCCAUGAUGGUAAAAUAGUUGUGUCUGACCUCAGAAACGGUCGUAUUCAGAUUUUUGAAUGAUGGUUCAGCAUCACAAAGAAUGCAAUAUUUGGUUCUUUGUUUCUUUUACAUCUUUUCACAUAAAUGGUACUGUUUAACAAAAGUAUUAUAAUUUAAUAUUCGUUUACAGUGCUUGUGGUUAAAACUCUGUUGAGAACAAAGUAGAGAGAACUGAAUAAUAUUUCAGAAUUUUUAUUUCAGAUGACUAUAUUGAUACGCCCAACUUAGUAAAAAAAAGUUAAAUUAGCCAAAAAUAUCGAAAAAUAAAUAUGUUUUUGCUUGUUCGUUUCUCCUUUUAUAAUUUUUAAUUUGUGUAAUUCUUUCUUUAUCUUGUUAUCUAGUCCUCAUCCAUCUGAUGUCAUUUAUUUGUGUAUGUUGUAGUUAUAAAUUUUUUUAUCUCGGGUAAUUUUUACUUUUCUUUUCUUUUGUUUCAACUUCAUUUGCAUACAUUACCAUGCCCAAAAACAACAAAAAAAAACACAAAAUUGCCCAAGAUAAAAUAUUAACUACAACAUAUACUGUAAACUUUCCUUAGUUAGCCUUAAUCUUAAUUUCAUUUUGCACACGCGGCUAGUGCUUCUGUAAUAUUAUCUGUGUAUUAAUAAAGUUUGUAGUUGUUGUUGUGGGGAGAAAAGCUGUUUCCCUUGGAAUAACCUAGACUGUUAUUAGACAAUAAAUGUUAAUGUAGCCGCCAAAUUCAAGGGUAACCAGCGUAAGAUACUAUUUAGCAAUUUGUUCAGUGUUGUACAUAAAUUGUUGUUUGUUUGUUUGUGUAUUUUCCUGUGGCUCCAUGACAAAACCCGAAUCUGGGACCCGUUUCCUGAAAGUCCCAAUAAUUAAUGGGCCUAGAGACCUGUUGUCAGUUAAAAUUCAAGAUAUAGGUUUCAAAAGUUUUGCAGAUAAUAAACAACUAUUGGGUGAGCUUUUUGUGAUAUCUGGAAUAAUCAAGGUCGAGGUAAGUGUUAUCAGCCGAGCAGAAGGCUGAGGCUCGUAAGACUUAACGAGACCUUGAUUUUUAAACAUUUUUAGGAUAUCGCAAAAACCGAAUCUAAUAAUUGGUUUAUUACACAUUCUUUUGAAGAAAAUAACAACAAACACACCGUGGCAUGGAACCUGAAUUAAUUUUUAUUGGAAAUCAUGCAUUGUGUGGGCUCUUAGCCAAUUAGAAGACAGAUAAUGAGUACAACGUAUAAUAAUAUGAUAAAACUCUCACAGGUUUCAACCGUUUGUAAGCUAGGACCUGCACUUUUAAAAAACUUUGAAUUGAAUAUUUGAUUUCAGGCCCAAAUUUGAGAAACGGGCGGCUAUUCCCUUAGGAAACUGUCAUUCCUUGAACCUCAAUGUUUCCUGAGACAAAAAGCUAAUUACGUCCCACAGGACCACAAAUUACAGCAUGACAAAAAGUAAGACUGAAAAUUCAUGUGACAUCAAGGACAGCAAUGUUUGAAAAUUGAACACCAUCUUCAAGGCAAUGCAUUUUUUUAUACCAUACAAUAGAAACUUCCGUUACCUGGCACAGUUCCGUUGUGCAUGUUUGAAACUUCCUGAAUUUUUUGCAGAAAAUAAGACCUAAAAGUUCUGAUUGCUUCCCCAUCAAAAACCUCUUUAGACAUUCACUCCCAUGUCCACAGGACCCUAUCAACACCGAGCAAAAGGAUUGACUGCUGAGGUCCCAAAAGUGAACGACAUCAAUCUUCUUUUCACAGUUUCAAUACAUAAUCAAGAGAACAGGUUUUGAGAAUUAUGAAAACGAUCACCAAAGGGAAUAUGCUUUAAUCUUUCAUCAAAUUCUCUCAACUAGUUCUUUAAGGACGUAAGGAAAUCAGUCUGCAGAACUUGUUUUUAGAUACGAGGGCUUAAAAGGGUUAAGAGGGUUUACACAUUGACUCGAGAAUGUUCUAUGAGAAGGUGUUCGUCUGGAAAAGUACUCAGAGCUGAGUAAAAGGAUUAAGAGGGUUUGCAGAGGGGAUGUUUCUGGGUGGUGCAGGUGCAAGGCCAGGUGGCAAACUCUGUUGACUAGCUCCAGUCCUCUCUUCUGUUGCUGCUGUUGAAUUUGAUUGGGUGUUAGUCGGAAAUGGACCUGCAGGAAAAACUGAAAGCAAGAAAACAGAAAGCUUUUUAUUGAGUGGUUCAGUGUAUGAAAAUUAUCGUCCAAAGCAAAUGAUAAUCAUAUGAUCCCGCAUUUCUGUUGUAUUUGCUCAUGACUAAACCAUCCACAGAUACAACAAAUAUCAACUGUUUAUUAAAUGAGGUUCUGUAACUUACAGAUUGAUGUAACUUACGGAUUGAUGGAGUUAGAACAGGAUAUUUAUUAAAUCUCUGGGUUAAAGGAGAGUCUAAAAGAGCAUUGAAGGUUUCAUUUUCAAGAAGUGGAACAACUGUUGAUGGUCGUGGUGCAUCCAAUCCAAAAGGGUCCAAAGUCAAGGCUUUGAAUUGUCAAAAAUAUUUAUCUCUUAACGUACCCAUUGUCCAAAAUUACAUGAAACAAUCAGCGAAUAAAAAAAACUUUUGAAUUCGGCCGUACAGUGAAAUAUUUCCCACGAAAUUGACCAUUCAAAGUGUGUGUACUCAUUUAGAGAUACAAUAACAGAAUUUAGUGACCUGUUUUGUGUAUUUAUUACACUGAUUCGACAGUCGUCCUUCAUCUUUGUCAAUUUCCCUACUUGAAAUCUACAGCAAGAGCUGUUUCUUAGUAACUUAAAGGUGUUUGAAAACAAAAAAUGGACAUUUUUUUUCAAACUGCUGCUGACUGUUUGAAGUUAGAUAUCAAUCACUACAGUCAGUCAGCUGUUAUCCAGGUCAAUGUCGACAUAAAAAUAAAGUCGAAAGAAAGGGUGCGUUCAUUUGCAACACUACACAUAUAUGUAGCUGUCGCAUUUGCCUGCUGCAAUUUUUCAUUGUUUUUGGCUUAAAAACAUUAAAAAUUUCCGGCGACAGCUAUACGCGUAUGUUGCAAAUGAAUGCACUUUGUUCGGCUUUGUUGUUGCUGUUUCUCUCUCUCUCUUUCUCUCUCUCUCUCUCUCCAAAAGUCCGGUUCAAGUAAGUAAUUAAAAAUAUGUAUUAUAUAAACACCAAUGAAAUACCAGGUGAGCUUUCGCGCGAAAACUUGAUAUCUUCACAUGUGAAAAUAUCACCGUUGCUAUGGCUACAUGAUAAAUCGCGCCUUUCACACCAAAAAACUAUGAAAGUGAAAUGGUUUGGUAGUUCAUUGGUGUUUAAAUAAUAAAUAGUACAUUACAUGGCCGCUUGGAGGUACAAAAUUUCUCUUCUCGUGUUGAAAAAAUAUUUCACUCCUUUGCUGCGCUCACUCGUAAAAUAUUUUUCAACACUCGAAGAGAAAUUUCGUAUCUCCGCGCGGCCAUGUAAUAUCCUUUAUAUAAAUGGACGCUUCCCUUUUAGCCUUGGCUUAAUCUAUAUAUUACAAUGAUCUUGAUGGCCUGAAUUUCAGACGAUUACUUUGAGUCGUUUUCUCCUCUCAGCAACUGAGGGAAUGAAAACGACUCGAAGUAAUCGUCUGAAAUUCAGGCUAUGAUUUUUGAAAACCAAAGUGAAUUUAUGUCGUGUUUUCUUUUUUCUUCUUUUUCAUCAGUAUUAAUCAAGUUGACUCAUCCGGGCAUGUUUCCUCUUCACCGAAAUGUUGUUUCAGGUAAGUCAUAUUCCGAAAAGUUGGCUUUUUAUUAUGGGACUGUUGAUUAGUCGAGCGUUUUAGAAUUCGCGCCACUCCAUCAGUUUUUCCCGUCAUGCGGUGAGGUAAUGGGUAUGCAAUGAGGAUAUGUUGCAGAUUCCUCUUUUUCUGUUCGAACCGGAAUGCCCGGAUUAUCAUUGGACCAAUUGUGAGACCACGUUCACCAUAUGCCUCGUAUUUCCGGUUGAAAGCUCAAAUAAUACGGUUCAUUUCCGGUGCGAAUGAGCGGAGUUUUCCAGUUCUCCUACGACCGCUUUCCUUACAAAUGAGAAAACGGAACAAUACUUUUUAAGGAAAGCGCAGAUUAUUGGACGCCCGGCCUGUUUUCGUAGAGAAAAGUAUAAAAAUGAAUUGCAAAUUUUUGACGUUGCCUUCUCCUAUCGACAGACAUGAUAAUCAAGUUGGCCGAUGGUUGACAAAUUUUCGCGCCACCUGGGAUCCCAAAUUCGAUUCAUAUGCUGUAGUUGGAAGCAUGAAACAACCGAGACAGGUAAGAUUAAGCGAAGUAUGUGGUUUUAGCAUUGUUUGGUCCUUGCAUGUGAAAUCGAACCUAAAUGGAUGAUCUACAACACUAGUUGGGGACUUUCUCUAGACUUCUUGUUAGUGACCCUACUUGUACCGCAGUUAUAAAUGCCCUCUAAUGUAAAUGUGACUGAUUUGAGUGGACCACCUCACAA